CCCGGCGCCACGCCCGCCGCAGUCCAGGGGCCAGUCACCCGCCGGCCGGCGACCCGCAGCGCACUCGGCGCCCCGCCCAGCCCGGCUCCUCCGCGGGACGGGUAACGGUUACGAAGCACUUUCUCCGCCGCGAUUUCUGCUUAGUCAUUGUCUUCCAGGAAACGGCUCUCUCAGUUGGGAGUCAACUCUCGUGCGGCGGCCGCAGGAGCAGGAGCCGCAGCCGUCAGCGCGUCUUUUCCGGACCACCGCUCCGCCGCCGCCCGGCCUCCCUCGGGCCCUAGCGCAGGCCAAGGUCCCGCCACGCGGGGCGGGCAGCCUCGCGCUCGGCUUUCCAGCCUCGGGCACCGUGUCUGCGGGGCGGCCUCCUUCCCCGCCUGCGGCCCCAUCGCCGCCUGGCCCCCUCUGUCGGCCGCUGCCAUGGACACCGACGGCCGCGCGGCCGGGGCGCUCCUGGCGCGGGCCCGCACCCUGCACCUGCAGACAGGGAACCUGCUGAACUGGGGCCGCCUGCGGAAGAAGUGCCCGUCCACGCACAGCGAGGAGCUUCGAGAUUGUAUCCAAAAGACCUUGAAUGAGUGGAGUUCCCAAAUCAGCCCUGAUUUGGUCAGGGAGUUUCCAGAUGUCUUGGAAUGUACUGUAUCUCAUGCAGUAGAAAAGAUAAAUCCUGAUGAAAGAGAAGAAAUGAAAGUUUCUGCAAAACUGUUCAUUGUAGGAUCAAACUCUUCAUCAUCAACUAGAAAUGCAAUCGACAUGGCCUGUUCAGUCCUUGGAGUUGCACAGCUGGAUUCUGUGAUCAUUGCUUCACCUCCUAUUGAAGAUGGAGUUAGUCUUUCCUUGGAGCAUUUGCAGCCUUACUGGGAGGAAUUAGAAAACUUAGUUCAGAGUAAAAAGAUUGUUGCUAUAGGUACCUCUGAUCUAGACAAAACACAGUUGGAACAGCUGUAUCAGUGGGCCCAGGUAAAACCAAAUAGUAACCAAGUUAAUCUUGCUUCCUGCUGUGUGAUGCCACCGGAUUUGACUGCAUUUGCUAAACAAUUUGACAUACAGCUAUUGACUCAUAAUGAUCCAAAAGAACUGCUUUCUGAAGCAACUUUCCAAGAAGCUCUUCAGGAAAGCAUCCCUGACAUUCAGGCACACGAGUGGGUGCCACUGUGGCUACUGAGAUAUUCAGUCAUCGUUAAAAGUAGAGGAAUUAUCAAAUCAAAAGGCUACAUUUUACAAGCUAAAAGAAGGGGUUCUUAACUAUGACUUAGGAUCAUAACCUACUGACUUGUAUUUUCCUUGAAUAUAAGAUAAAAUUGAGAUGUGUAAAAAUCUAAUUACUGCAUUGUCAUUGAGACAGAUAUCCUUUAGUUAUAUUUCACAAUAUGUUAUCUGACAAACUUUGAAUACUUCUCUUGCUUCCAUAUCAGUUCACUUACAUGAACCACUGUAUUGUUUUCAUUAAACUAUUGUUUUCUAAUUGAAAUUGUCUAUAAAGAAAAUACUUGCAAUAUAUUUUUCCUUUUAUUUUUAUGACUGAUAGAAAUCAAGAAAAUUUGUUGUCAGAUAUAUUUUGGCCUAGGCAUCAGGGUAAUGUAUAUACAUAUUUUUUAUUUCCAAACAAUUCAUUAAUUGCUUCUUACUCUAUAGUAUAACUGAGCAAUUUAAUUACUAUUGUUAAAACUGAAAUACUGGAAGAUAUUUUUCCUGUAGUUGAUGAUUGUGUCUCAGACUAACUGGAGUAGCUGGGAUCUACACAGUAAUGUAAAUAAAAUUCAUUUCUUCAAUACAUGAA